AUGGAGUACCAGGGCUCGGUAAACAACGGCGGCUCUACUUCGUCGCAGGGUUUACGGAGGAAGCGACUCAAGGUUGCCGUCGCCUGUGCAGCAUGCCGACGGCGAAAGAUAAAGUGCGGUGGUGCUCAGCCAGUACGUAAUGCAUGCGGAAAGAGUUCUACAUCGGCGGAAUGCGUAUACUCCAAUAGAUCUAGACAACGCUCUUACACUCUAUGUAGCGAGGAGAUUCCGCCUAGAGACAUACCAACAGCGAAUGGACCACUACUACAGAAUUCAGUGGGUGCCAGCAGUGCACUUAAUGACUCAGAAAGGGUAGACUCUAUGAAUGGCGUGACUGGCGACCCCACCCAGAUUCGCGAAGCCACGCUCGAUACACGAUUGGAGACACCACAUUCAGCUACGCACAGGAGGUCGCUGGCGACGGGGGAACAUUCUUUGGAAGAAUAUCCGUCUUUUUCCAGUCAUGAAGAACCAGGCCUCUUUUUGCUCCCUCCACGUGGACUAGCCGACGGGCUUAUCCAGGCAUACUGGGACAAUGAAUGGGUAUUGUAUCCUGUCAUCCAUAGGCAGAAAAUUGAGGAAACCUACGAAUUGCUAUGGAUGUCUAAAACCUCGGGCAAUUAUCCGCUGAUUCACAUAUGCAUAAUCAAUGUCUGCUUCGCACUGGAAUGCCAUUACUGCGAAUUGAUGCCGGUAAAAGAGCGUAAAACUACUGGUGAUGAUUUCUUCGGGCGUGCGCAACGUUUAUAUGAGAGAUUAGGGGACGUCCCCUCCUAUGAGAAGACAAGCACGAGCAACGUUUUUCAGUGCUGGAUGACAGUUGGACAAGUGAUCCGGAUGGCACAAUACUUAGGCAUACAUCUUUCUCAGUCCACCUCUUUUCCCGAAUCAUCAAGUCAUGAAGAGUAUAAAAGGCGGACAUGGCAUGGAUGUGUUUGGUUAGAUCGUGUCCUAUCUGCUACAUUUGGACGUCCUGUAAUGAUCCCUAAAUGGCUAUUUAACUCAGUUCCAUUGCCCUCGAUGAUCAACAAUCAGUUCUUCGGCACGCAAACUGAAGGCUCUGUGUUGCGACCGGAUGGAAGACCUUGCGUAAUGGCAUUUGCCGUGAAGGCUAUGGAAUUCUACCAAAUUCUUGACGACAUCCUUGUUAACCUAUACUUAAACUCUACUAAGGAUGAUAGAUGCGAGGGCAAGCUAACUCACAUCCUUGCAAUUGAUGCGAGGAUACAGACGUGGAAUAAAUCACUCCCAGAUCACUUACGCGCUCAAUCAGUCGCACUAAGUAAUUCUAUAUUUGAUAAACAGGCAAUAGUCUCGAGGAUUCGGAACAUAUUUCUGCAUGUUCGUACAUUAUUAUUCCGCCUGACUGUUGUACGCUACUGCAUGCGCCGUGGCCAAGGUUCUACGGGAAAUCCCAAUGAUUCGAACGAUUCAAGCCUGUCUGAAGUAAUGCUCUCUGAGUGCUCACGCAUGUGUUUCCGACUUGCACAUGAAUUAAUCCACACUUUCCAUCGUAACCUGGACCGUGACAGUGUGACGGGGCCGCUUCCAAACUGGUGGUACUUUGUACUAUAUGUAUAUACUGCUGCAACCAUGAUCCUUGUGGAACGCUUCCUGGAGACAAGAGAAAGUGCCUCGGAAAGCUCAACCGCGUCCGAUACAUGGAAGACUUCUCUUCACGUCUUGGAAACCUAUAGUACUUUGGCAGAAUCAGCAAGAAAAUGCCUAGCAGCUCUUGAACUGUUUUCCGAGAAGCUUUUUCUUGAUGGUAACAAGACUGUGGCUGCGAGUCGAAAUGAAGAACCCCAGGACUGGAAUUCAUUCUGGGGAAUUUCCGAUCUGCUCAGCGAAGAACUGGGAAUGUCUGAUCCAGUCCUUUUUCCUUUCAAUUUUGAUGAUUUUAUUUCGUUUGAUUCCAUGCCUGGUCCUUAUGUUCAUAUUUCGCCACCCCAUGGGACAUAG